UAAAAAGUUCGAGCUUUAUCGAAUCGAUCGUAACGGUGCUUCCAUAACCCUAUCGUUUAUCGGCGAAUUCGUGAAUCAAGACACCAUAUCGAUCUUUUCAAGAUAUCGUGCGAUUUUCGUUUGCCUCGAUAUAAAUGUAUUGAUCAACGAUAGGCUGUAAUUUUGGGAAAUCAUUUGUUUUUUCACUUGGAAUGAUGAAACAUCAUCUAAUAUUUCGAACGUCUCGACGAUUUUCAUCUUUUUUUUCUAUCGCGAAAAUCGAUCGUACGAGAUGCGUGCAUCGAUAUCUCGAUGAUAUAAAUAACAAUAUGGCGUCGCCAUGGUUCGAAGGUAAAGGAUCUUUUCGCGAUUGACAAUUUUGAAGAAAGAAAUUCGAUUACUUGUGAUGUAAAACGCAUUGAUUGAAGUUUUUGGUGCAUUCGUUGUUAUUAGUUUAUCAAGAAAUAACAAGAUUCGAUGUAAAUAAAACGAAAUAAAACAAAAUGAUACUGUGUACUUUGAAUAUAACCUCAAAUAAACAGGUGGCGACUCACUUGGUCAAAGUUCGAUCAUACUUGGAGGUAUCACAUCGGCGGAGGAGCCAUGUCACCGGAACUGCAGAACGGAUCGCGAGAAAUCGACGUAGAACCGGGAGAAUCGGAUCACCUGUCGAAUACCUGGCUCGAGUGAAAACGGAAGAUCGCCGUGCAAUAAUCGUGGAUCGACGAACGUGAUCGGUCCAACAGCUUGGAACCUACGGCCUCCCCGCUGGCCUGGCCAGCUACUAUGCGAAUUGAAGCUCUCAGCACCCUCGUCGCGGUGGUUUGGCUGACCGCAGUCCUGUGCCCGCGGCUUGCUGCCGCCAACAACUUGACUUUAUCCUUUUCCUCUCGUAAGACCAGGGAACAUCCUUUCAGGGGACAUAUCUCUCGCUGGACACAGACUUUGGAGGAUACUACCAAGCGGAUGACUUAUCGAGAGAUGAACAUGAUUCUGCGACACGAAGGAGGCGAGGACGGGCUUCCAGUCGAUUGCUGUCCUACGGUAGAGGAAAUGGUGGAACCGGUCGGCGGUCGAAAUCGGGAAAACAUGUAUGUUCAACUGUAUCGGGAUGGCCAGAACGCCCAGAGGUUCUUCGAGUACUCCUGCAGGCCAGACGUCCUCGACAAGCCGUGCAGGUUCAUCGACCGGAAGUUCACCAACCAGUCCAGAUGUGUGCAGAAGUUCUCGUACACUUAUGCUAUCAUUGAAAAUUCUGGAUCGACGGGUGGAAAGGAGGAACACGGAAGGCAUCGGCACAGAGAACGCAUGAUUCCUACAUUUGCUGGAAACACGGUGGGUGGAUCGAUGUGGACAUUAGACUACAUCAAAGUACGAAGUGGCUGCAGCUGCGAGAUCAUGCCGAAACUAAAAAAAAAGAAAAAAUACAAGAAAAGCAAGCCAAGAGAUCAAGACUUAGAUCCGGAGACUUGAGAUUUCCAUAGAAUCAGGACAGAUUCUUCUACCUCCGAGUACGCGAUAUCAUUAUUAAAAAAAAUUAUAUUUUAUCGUCCGAUCGAUUUUGAAUCGAUGAAAAAUCUAAUAAAAAAAAGAAACGAAAUAUAUAUUCGUUUCUCGGAUCGAUUAAAAUGUUACCAAUAGAAAGAAUUAUCUUUCUAGCAAAGGUUGAAAUGUUAAUAUUAUUAUUAAAAGUACUCAAAAACUUAUAUUGUUUCUAGCAAUACAUUAUCGACAACAGUAAUUAUUUUACGACGAUUUUUAUUAUCGUAUUUAUUAUAUAUAUAGAUAAUACAAAUUAUAUAGAUGUAUGAUUUGAAAAUAUGAUAAGAUAUUAUUAAUACAUGUUAAAACUCUAAGAGGAGGUUCCGCCAAACUUCAUAUUUUGUUUAUUUUUUAUAAAGAUUGAUAUUUUAAAUGAAGAUGAAAUAAUUGUAAUUAUAAUACAACAAAGUUAGUAGAAUCUCCUUCACAUGAAAAAAUAUUGGAUAGACUGAUAUUACAAUUCAAAGAGUGGAAUGUGAAAUAUUAUGUAUUUAGGUUUUCUAAAUUAUCAUUAUUGUCAGAAAAAAUAAUCAUAUGAUAAGAAUGCGUGUUUACAUUAUUAUAUUAGCAGUAAAUGAACGUCUCGAUCAGAUUUGUAUUAACAUUUAAAGUAUAUUUUCAUUUUCAUCUGCGGCCAGUUAUCAUAUGCUCCUAUAAUAUAUUUUAAAAUUAUUCCUAUUUGUAAGUUAGAGAUCAAAAAUAGAUUUUAUCAUUAAUAAUAUUUUAUAAUGUAUUGCGUUUUAUAGAUCUGCGUAUAAUUCGUUAUAUAUAGAUAACGACAACCAAAUAGAAAGCUACUUAAAUUUAUUUAAAAUAUUAAAAUUCUAUUUAACUAAUAUUAGGUCUGUUUUAUCUUUUAAAGCACUGACUAGAAGAAUUAAAAAGUGCAACAGAUAAAACGUUGCAUUAACUAGUAACCAUGACAAUUAUUAAUAAAUCUGAGUAUAUCAUAAGAAAUAACGAAAUAAAAAUUUAUUGUAAUAAUCUAA